UAAUCUGCUAAUCUUUUCCGCCUUUGCUUUUCUAUUCACUUUUGACGUAAUCGAUUUAGCAGAAUUAGAAUACUUUAAUAAUCCGAGGGUUGGGGAAAAACGGAAGCACUGAAAGUCAAUGCCUAAAACUGGUCUCGCCGAGGUGUUUUCAUGUAGCCUGACUACAGAUAUGCCACGCUACUGCGCUGUGAGAGUUUGCAGAAACCGUGGGGGGACUGCAUCAAGACAAGACAACAAGAGAAUCAGCUUCUACCCGUUUCCUUUGCAAGACAAGUCCAGGCUUCAGAAAUGGGUAAGCAACAUGAAGAGGGAGCAGUGGACCCCGAGUCGACAUCAGUAUCUGUGCAGUGAGCACUUUACAGCGGAUUGCUUCGAUAUUCGAUGGGGAAUCCGGUACCUGAAGAAUACAGCCAUCCCCACCAUUUUUCCUUCUAGUGAAGAUGACGUUGAGAAGCAAACAACAAACCUGAAAAGAAGUCUCAAGGCUAAAACCAGCAUUUCACUGGGUGAUCCAGAGCUUGCAACAUUCGACUCUCCUGCCAGUAAAAAAAGGCCACUCAUUUUGAGCAAAACAGGCAGAAAGUCCCAGUCAGCAGUGAUAAACAAUAUUUCUGGGGAGCGCACAGAGAUGGUAUUUGAACCUGCGGUGUUGGACUCUCAUUUAGAACGUUCUGAGAUACAGACUGCUGCUUGUGAGAAACCACUUGAUGGUGAAACGGCAGCACAGUCUCCAAGCGGGGAACUCUGUUCUGAAGAGCAGGCCGAGUCAGCUGUGACUGUGUUGUGCUGUGAGCCAGGUUCAUUCUCUGAUGCAGGGACAAACAUUGAUGGAGAUGCAUUCCAGGCAGUGCUGGGUCAGGCUUUUAGCUUUGUCCCCAUGGAACUGGUCAAGGACAAAACCACAGGCUGUUUUUUAGCAGAGAGCGGACCCACUGAUGAAGAGAAGGUUUCUGUUUUUGAGCAUUCGUACUGCAGACCGGAUACUGACAAAGAUGAGCUCUGGAGGAAGAUCUUGAGUUUGCACGCAAAGAUCUUAGAACUGGAUCGCAGGGAGGAGAGCACGGUGGCUAAGAUCCGUGCCCUGGAGAACGAGAUAGCCCUCCUGAAGAGGGAUGGUGCUGUUUUUAAAGAGAAGCAGAAAGUUUUAGAAGAGUGUAUAUCAUCUGUGCUGGUCUGAAUUUUUACAAGAUGGAACGAGAUGUUAAUAUAUUCUUACAGUAAAUUUG